GCGUAGGCGGGGCGGGAUGUAGGCGGAGCCAGGGCAGGGGGUUAGGCUGUGGUUGCUGGGCAGAAGAAGAAGCUGGUGAACUCAAAGUCGUGUGUGUUUCGCUGUGGUGCUUGCAGCGGCUCGUUAAGAAAAGUGACCAUGGAGAACAAUGAAACCUCAGUAGAUUCCAAAUCCAUUAAAAAUUUUGAAGUAAAGACCAUACAUGGAAGCAAAUCAAUGGACUCUGGAAUGUAUCUGGACAAUAGUUACAAAAUGGAUUAUCCUGAAAUGGGUGUGUGUAUAAUAAUUAAUAAUAAGAACUUUCAUAAAAGCACUGGAAUGACACCUCGCUCUGGUACUGAUGUUGAUGCAGCCAACCUCAGGGAGACAUUCAUGCGCUUGAAAUAUGAAGUCCGGAAUAAGAAUGAUCUUACUUGUGGAGAAAUUGUGGAAUUGAUGAAAAAUGUUUCUAAAGAAGAUCACAGCAGAAGAAGCAGUUUCAUUUGUGUGAUUCUAAGCCAUGGUGAAGAAGGAGUAAUUUUUGGAACAGAUGGGCCUGUUGACCUGAAAAAACUAACUACUUACUUCAGAGGGGACUAUUGCCGAAGUCUAACUGGAAAGCCCAAACUCUUCAUCAUUCAGGCCUGCCGUGGUACGGAACUGGACUGUGGCAUUGAGACAGACAGUGGAACUGAUGAUGACAUGGCAUGCCAGAAGAUACCAGUGGAAGCUGACUUCCUGUAUGCUUAUUCCACAGCACCUGGUUAUUACUCCUGGAGAAAUUCAAAGGACGGGUCCUGGUUCAUCCAGUCACUUUGUGCCAUGCUGAAACUGUAUGCACACAAGCUUGAGUUUAUGCACAUUCUUACUCGAGUUAACCGGAAGGUGGCGAUAGAAUUUGAGUCCUUCUCCCUUGACUCCACUUUUCAUGCAAAGAAACAGAUUCCGUGUAUUGUGUCCAUGCUAACAAAAGAACUGUACUUUUAUCAGUAAGGAAAUGAUUGGAGGCUUUGUUUCUAUUUGUUCUUUGUUUUGAAUGCCAAUGAGGAAACAGUGUCAGGGAGACUUUAUUUCUCUCUCAUUUAAAUCAAAUCUGAUGUUUCAGAUGAACCAUACCACUGCCCUAGCAAUGCAACCGCAGUACAGCUACCUCAAGUGCAACAUCAGGUAGUUGAAACAAUUUAAUUGGAACAAAUGUCAAUGAUGGUACUAUCAUUAUAGAGGAAAUUACAAAUUUACUUUUUAUAAUUAGCAAGAUUUGGUGGUACUAUAAAUUUUUAAGUUAAUUCUGAAGAAGUUAAACUUUCAGGUGUAAUUUUAUACUCCCUACACACAUUAAAAAUGCCAUUCUAGGUUUUGUUAAAUUACAGCAAUGAUGGUGUCAAAUGAUAAUGUCUUAGAACUUGAAUCCAUGGGCAGAGUCAAAAGCUUGGACCUUUAUUUUGGAAGUGAUAUAUGGAAAUGAAGCAUUGGACCACCAGUAGCAUUCAUUGUUUUGUGAUGUUUGUCCUAAGCAUGUAUUUGUUAUUAAAAAAAUCAUGUUUCAUUAUUGAAAAAAAAACUUGAGUAUUUAUGUAAGAGGAAAACAUGAGUGAAAUUGGUUGACUUUUUGAAGGCUACCAUACAUAAGUAGUGGAUAUGAUGGCAAGGUGCUAAAUCUACCAGCAUUUGUUUCUUACUUGUUCUUAUACAAAUCAGCUUAGUUUUACAGACCAGCAAAAUAUCUAUAGGACGGUUACGUAACAGCCUCAAAUUGUUGAUUAUUAGAAUGAAAUAAAUUCUGCAGGAACAUACUAAAAUACCAGCUGUAAAACAGAAUGUAAGGACGGGAGAAAUGAAUCUACUGUAAUUGGAGAGGGGUGGUUUGAGCCACAGUAGAUACAUGGCAGAGCCAUGGGCACAGCUUCAGAAAGGACUGUCACCUGGACCCACCUCAUGAGUACUCGUUCGUGUGGAUGAUGUCCCUAAGGUCCAAGUCACCACAUGAGAAAGUCAGCCAGAUUGGAAACUUCUUAGAAAGGGCGUUCCCAAAGUGGUAAGUCUCUCCAGAAAGAUCCCGGAACUCCAUGUCCAGAAUCUGUAAGCAUGCUGACUUUUCUGUUGAAGUUUACAAUAAAAGGAAGCCAAUGAUGAUAUUUGUAUUGUCACCAGAGAUUAAAGGACCAUGGCACACAGGACUUGGGGAACAUCCAGUCACAGGCCCUGCAGCCCGCAUGGGAAGCUGCAGGAUGGAGUCCAGCCCCAUUAGAGAGGUGGUGCUCCAGGCUUCCUCACUGGUGGAGGUGCUGAGCCAACGCUGGCCAUCCUGAUGUGUCUAGCAUUUCAUGGAAGCUUCCUUUUUGCUCAAAGAAAGGAAGGAACUCACAUGUAUAACUGGUAGAUUCUUGUUUUAGACUGGAUCUAUUAACUCUAAGUAAAUGUAGCAUGUGAUGGUAUUUUAAAGUGUGUUCCCAUGUGUCAAUUUUAUAAGAGUUUGUUGCAUUUUUAUUUCAAAACAUAAAUUCAGAUUUAAAAUUA